UUAUCGGCUAAGGCGUUCUUACGUAGUAUACCCGAAAUAGCAGUAUUAUGUAGAUCCUGUCUAUAGUAGCUUCGACAGAAAGGCUAUCUUCGAUUCUGUUUGGCCGGUUCGUAUUUUUUGUCCACAAGCGAGGCUGUGUUCCUGAUCCCAUUGUUUGCCAAGAGCACUACUAUAUGACAAUGAUGUGCUACGAGGUACGCCUAACACUCGAAAGCAAGGCGAAUGUGGUGUAAUGUUCUAAUACUGCCUGGGUGGGGUGUAUAAAGAAGGAGGAAGUCAAUGCAACCGCUAUGCCUCUACUGUUGAGAUAGCUCGCUUUCCCCCCAAACACCCACCACUAUGUCUACUCUUAUCAAGCACUCGCUCUUAGCUUCAGUGCUAGCUACCACAUCCUUUGCUCAAAACACUUCUAAACCAGAAUCUCAAUCUUUGACAUGCGACGAUCUCUCUGAAAGCCUGGCAUACAACGCUUCCAUCAUCCAGAAUACAACGGCCCUAAACCUCGUAUGGCUUGGAGACGAGGAGAGGGUGGCCAUCACAGAAGACGACCAAACUACUUGGACAAUCUCGUCGUACAUUGGGCCUGGGUAUGAUGGCGGCAUGGCGAAGUACGACGAGAACGAAACCCAAGCUGUUCUAUGGCUUGACACUGGAGACUCGAACAUGGAGCGUCUAGGCGAUAUAAUUGGCCUAUGUCAUAGCUUUGUUCCUUUGCAGAACCGCACCACUGGAGAUUUGACAUGGAGCAGAGAGGUAUUGGAGAGGGCCUCGGAAGAUGAUGGGGAUUGCAAGACCAUGUUGGGAACAGAGUGUGUAGAGGCGCUCGAGUCAUGGUAUCGAAGACAAGGACAAGCUGCAUGGAACGAUGACCAGUACCCGCCCUGCUCUGCCAUCCAGAACACUAUACCUUCUGAAUGUGAAGGCAUGCUAUCUGAGGCUGUGACGAUGGAUGUUGUCCGCCUCAACACUUCCGCUGAAGACCGCAUUUGGAAAUGGGACCAAGGCAUUAACAUAACUUCAUUCUCCGAUGACGUCACUGUACCUACAUGCGGCGACCGAAAUCUUAGCAGCAGCUGGGGUAACAGGAUCUACCAAACGAUUGACUACGACGUAGCGCUUAACUUUCCCAUUGUGGACAUCAUGACUUUCUACCCUACAGUUUCCAGUACCAGAGGAGGCAGCAGCCGGGAAACUCAUGCGAAGGUGGUUUGUUUAAAGCCUGAAAAUAUACAGGAGGGAAGUCGGGCUCCGAGGAGUGUGAAAGAGGUACUUGAUGAGCACUAUGGCCCACACGAUGACGAGUCCGGUGCCGAGAGAGUCCUUGGACGAGGUGGUGAGGCUGUGCUAGCGUUGGCUUCUAGUAUAGGAGUGGGACUUUGGCUCCAACUAUGAAGCAUCACUUUCUAGUCAACGAAGCGUACGUACACAACUCAAUCAUACCAAGAGCUCGACAAGUGCCGAUACGUACGUAUCCAUCGAGAAUUUCCUAUCCAUACCCAGAACUCUGGACGGCAACGGAAGGAUCGGAAUCGGCGUCAGUUCCAAACUGCAGCGCCUCGCACAGGCAAGCUUCCAU